AGAAGUGAGUUUCCAAGAGGGAUUUGAAUGGAGCAUGUUCACACUUGAGGAGGAGCACAGAAAAGAGUACAAAGUACCUGGAGGCAAUUCUGAGCCCAGUAAGUUGUGAUCCAUGGCUACAGUGAUAAUAUGCCGGAGAUUUCCAGGAAGAGUUCGCAGCAUGGUUGCAUUUUCAACUACGCCCAAGUGCAGAGCCAAGAAGAGAAUUCCUAGUAGAAAACAAAAGGUGGAUAAGAGCUCUGAAGUGAGCAGCACAGGUGCCAAAGCAGCAGUGUCUUUCAGAUUGCUGAACCCUCUGGAGUACAGAGUACUUUAUAGUCCAUCCGCCUAUACAGGAAUCAAAACUGCAUCCCACCGGAAUGCUGCUAGAAACUGUGAAAACAGUGAAGAGCUGCUUGAAAACGAAUUCUCCAGCAUCAGUGCUAAGCAGGGUCAGAACACGUACAGCAUCACCUGUUCUCGAAGCCUGUCAAGCACUAAAACCACCUUGCUGGAUCUGGAAUUCAAUAAAACGCUUUCCACACAGGCCAGCUCAGCACACCCAGCCACGGUGGAGUCCAAGGAAGACACAUUGCUAGAUGCUGAUUUGGAGGCUUAUGACACUAAGGAAGACCCCAGAAUGUUUCAGAAGAACAGGCCUGAAUACCAAUCCCUGAGUUAUGACAAGUCUGAGACCUUACCUGUCCUUCCUCUAGAAGAAGGUGACUUGAUAUUACAUAAAGUAACCGUGCUUAAGAGUAGCCUGAUCCCGGGAACCAUUGUGGAGUACUUUUGCAAGCUGAGCUGUUUGCCAGGGGAGCAGCAUGUGAUCGUGAAGUCCAAUACUAAGUUUACAAUGCUGUGUCGUUAUGGAGUUGAAAACAUCCAACUGUUUACCUCCUUGGAACUCACUGAUCUUUUAAGGGCCUUUGUCCAUUUAUCCAUUCCACCAACCCACUCCAUGCUGAAUGUGUAUGAGACUGAAUUUUGCCGUCGGGUCUGGGACAUGAGCCUGGAUCAGCUGCUGCUGGUGGCUGACCUGUGGCGUUGCUUGGGACGCAGUGUGCCUCGCUAUUUACAGAUCUUCUUCAGUUAUGUUAACUUGCAUCGGACAGACCUCACCUUGCCCCAGCUGGUUCAGCUGCUUUAUAUCAUCGGUGAAGGCCGGAGGGUGCCCCAAGAUUUAAUGCAGAAGUUGGAGUCCUUAGUGUUGAAGUACUUGGAUUCCCUCAACUUGGAGGAAGUGGGCACUGUUUGCUUAGGGUUCUUCAAGUCCAACAGUGCCAUUUCUGAGCAUGUCAUGAGAAAAAUUGGAGACAAAGUGGCAGCCCAGAUGGCAGACAUGAGCAAUUAUGCUUUAGUGAAUGUACUUAAGAUGUUCCGCUAUACUCACGUCGAUCAUUUGGAAUUCUUGAAGCAACUGGGGAGAGUUGUUCCACCUCGGAUUGGUACUAUAGGCAUCCAGGGUGUCAUGCACAUAACUCUUGCCUGUUCGUCCUUGCGGUACCUCGAUGAAGGGAUUAUGAAUGCUGUAGCCUCUUCGUUGCCUUCCAGGGUGAUAUAUUGCCGAAGCAAAGACCUUGCUAAAUUCUUGUGGUCCUACGGAUGCCUGAAUUACGAACCGCCAAAUGCAGAGAGUUUUUAUUCCAGCCUCGUGGAGCAGAUACACAGAAAGCUGCAUGAAUUUGAGAAGUUCCCUGAACAUCUCCUCACCUGUUUGUUGGCUCUGGCAUUUGCUGGGCACUUCCCAGAUGACUUGAUAGAUUACGCUCUGAGCGCUGAAUUUAUUCAGUUAACCAGGGAGAGUAAAUUUGAGCUCAAAAAGGACCUGUUCACUCUUGGUGGCAGUGUAGAGAUUGAGUGCCCAGAUUACAAAGGUAAUCGCCUUACGCCACAGCUUCGGCAAGAGGUUACUGAGAUGCUGUGGAAUUCUGCAAAGAAGGAAAUCUGCACAAAGCCAGACGUGACAGAAGCGGUCUCUCUACUUGAAUUAAUGUUAGGGGGGCCCCAGUAUGUCAAACACCACAUGAUUUUGCCUCACACUAGAUCGGAUGAUGUGGAGGUCCGCUUGGGCCCAGACCGAAAGCCGUUACCAUUUAACUUAGAAGCUGCCACAGUCACUACCAAAGGACUACAAGACGUUGGAAUCAGUCUCACAGAUAACUUAAUGAAUCAGCUGCUAAAGGGGAAGUCCAGUGGUAAGUCACUUGUGGGUAAUAAAACUCAGGCAGAGACUUGUAGCCAGGAGGCGGCAGUAGAACAGAAGCAGGCUCCACCCCCAUCGAAUCAUUCUGUGUUUUUACAUGAGGUUCCUCUGACUGACACCAUUUUGAAUGUUUUGACCAAAUCGAAGACUUCUCCUGAAAACCAUCCCUCCCAGCUGAGGCUGCAACCCAGAGAGGUGAAGCUGGCCAUUCAGGUGUCAAACAGGAACCACUACUGCUAUGGUUCUAAACGGUUGCUGGGACUUCACAGCUUGAAAAGAAGGCAGCUACAGAAACUGGGGUACGUGGUGGUCGAGCUGCCCUUCUGGGAAUGGUUUCCUUUGCUCAGGCGGACCCGUUCAGAGAAGCUGAGCUACCUGCACCACAAAGUAUUUGACUCAGUUCUUUAAGAAUAACGGUAUCCCCAAAAAGCUGUUGGACAGAUUAAUUACUGCAUCAAGUUCUGUCAGGGAAAUCUGCCUGUGUGUACAGCGGGAAAUCGCUAUAUAUACAAAUGCUUCUCUUUGUGUCUGCUCCCUGUUGAAAAUGGUUCUUAGGGUAACCUCCUUAAGCUUUGGUGGCUGCUGUGUAGCCAGAGCUGACUUGGCAACCAUGUUAGUAGGUUCAUCCUCAUGUAAAUCCCUAGCUUGUUCUGUUUGGUAAACCGAUCCCAGAGUGAUUCUAUUACA